AUGCGUCUCACUCAAGCCACUGUCGUUGCCAUCCUGGCCUUCACUGCCGCAGCGACGCCUAUCGCUGUCCGUGGAGAUGACGCGAAAGCCACUCAGGAGUAUCAGAAGUGUUGUGAGCAACGCGACAAGUACGACCACAGCAAGAUCUGCAUUCCUCCUAAGGUUGAAGUUCCCCACGUACCCAAGCCUGUAGAGGACGGCAAGUACCCUGACGGUGAUGACGAUGGCAAGGAUCAUCAUCCUGAAGUUCCCAAGGAGGAAGAACACAAGGAGGAAGAACACAAGGAGGAAGGGGAGAAGCCAAAGCCAGUCCCAGAGCACCCCGAGGUCCCUGAACACAAGGACGAGCACGAUGACGGAAGCUACAAGCCUCACAAGCCGGAACCAGAACAUCCGUCCAAGCCAGAGCACCCGGGUAGACCAGAAGGUGACAAGGAUGACGAAAAGUAUCCAACUCCUCCAAAGCCAGAGCAGCAUCCUCCUCCACCGCCCCCUAAGCCAGAGCAUCCUCCACCACCCCCAAAGCCAGAGUCUCCAGCUCCUCCGAAGCCGCAAUCCGAACAUCCGACUCCUCCCCAGCCGGAGAAGGAGAAUGACGAUGAGCCGCAACCCCCUCCACAACCAAAACCUGUCCCACAGGCCGAUCAACACGGCUACUACACUUUCGGCGAGGAGAUCAGCCUCAAGUGUGAGGGCGGUAAGAUCGUGAUCAAGGGUCACAAGUAUUAA